CUUCCAUCUUCCCUUCGUUUGCCAUCUAAUAUCCUCGAUAAACCUCGAUAAAGCUCUGGCAAUUUCAAAGGCCGUCAUGUUUCCGCCUUUCUCUGGAAGAGUACUUGAACUAAACGGCUUUCACGAACGAUCACCGUUUAAUUAGUCCCAUAGUGGAGAUGGCCAGCAGCAGCUUGCCUGAUUACAAGGCACUCUUCCUGAGGGAAGUAGAGCUGAGGAAACAAGCAGAAGAAGGACAGAGGCAGGCAGAAGAAGGACAGAGGCAGGCAGAAGAAGGACGGAGGCAGGCAGAAGCGCGUCUAAAACCAACAAAUUUUAGGGAGUUGAUCGAAGCCUGUCACGAUUUACUCUCUCGGCCAUUAAAAGUCGGCACGCCACGUAAGUCCACGAAGGGAAGCAUCCCGACGCCCACUGGAAAAUACUGCCCAGCACGACUUCGCCCAUGGUUAGACUGUUCAGUACAGCAGCAGGAAAUCUACAAUGUUGUCUAUACUUAUCUGCAGCCGACAACUGGUGCACCGCGGCUAUUUGCGUCCCUUGCCGAGCUGCAAGGUCUUGGUCGGCGGUUGUCUCGUCGUGUGCUGCGAAGUGAAAAGGGUCUUGAGAGCUAUGAGCGAUUUGCGGUUGAAGACCAUGUCCAUGAUAUUAUAGCUGAACUAUGCAAGAUCCCUGACGCGCAAGAGAGAUUCCGGCUGGGCGAUGGGAUCAUGUUUGAUGACCAUGCGAAUACCCUAGAGGAGCGAAAUGAGUUCGAAGACGACGACGCAGAAGCCAUCGAUACAUCAAGCACACGACGUCCGCGACCAGAUCAAUUUUGUAUCCAUCAAGUCGACGGCACUACUAAUACCUUGCUGACCACAGUUGAGUACAAGCCACCGCACAAGCUCUCCAUCGAGAACCUCCGAGUGGGUCUCCGACCGAUGGAGUUCUGGGAAGAAGUCGUCCACCGGAAUACGAUACCUACGGACAGGGAUGAAAAGCUGAGGUACAACGCGGAACGGCUGACUGGCUCGGUGUUGGUUCAGGAAUAUCACGUUAUGAUCCAGGAAGGAUUGGAAUACUCCUACAUAACAAAUGGAGUUGGCUUGGUUCUUCUACAUGUUCCAUACGACGAUCCCAGCACGCUUUAUUACUACCUCUGUGAGCCAAACAUGGACGUGAAUAUGGAGGACCCUGACGUCUUCCAGCAACCGAAAACAGCUGUCGCCAGGAUGUUAUGCCUCUGCCUAAUGAGUUUCCAUUCCAGUAUCCGCAGUCUGGCCUGGCGGAACGCUGCCAGAUCCGACCUGGACAUGUGGGAGACGAGUCUUGACUAUGAACGGUCGCGGAUUCCCGAAGAGGAGCUGCAACAAACCCCUCCAAACUCUGAUUAUCCAAGUUCGGAAUGUACGGACUCGGACUACCUGCCGUCAUCCCCAUCACAGGGUACCGGGCAGGGCCGUCGAAUGCCCACUCGGUCUCAAGCCAAUUGCUCAUGUAUGGAUCAGCGCGAACACAUGGAUUCGUCGGACUCUGACUCCGGCCCAGCAGCAACACAAGGUCAGAAGCGACGCUUCAGCCAAGUGAUGUCUUCUUCACUUAGUCAGCAUUCAUCAGUGCAUCCAGCAGACUCUCCUAGUCCAUCCAAUGGCCAAUACCAACACACAGCACGUUUCUGUACGCAACGGUGUCUACUAGGUCUGCAACAUGGGGAUCUAUUUGAUGAACGUUGCCCUAACGUAAAUCACCAUCGGCUCGGCCAGAACGGUGAUCGACACUGUAUUGACACAAAGAAGCUGGUACGGCUGCUCAAGAAGCAGCUUGACCAAGACCUUGAUCAUAACUGUACCCCAUUCGGGACCUGUGGAUCCUACGGUGCACCGUUCAAGAUCACGUGUGCUGAGUAUGGCUAUACCGUGGUUGGAAAGGGGACAACAUCACGACUCUGGAAGACGGUUUCACGUGAAGCGGAGAUAUACCAGGUUCUCCGGAAGGUGCAGGGUUCUGCGGUGCCUGUGUUUCUAGGAAUGAUUGACCUAGAACUGGUAUAUUUUCUCCACGGAGCUGGUGAGAUUCGACAUAUGUUGCUGAUGGCCUGGGGUGGUGAGAGUAUAGGGACAAUGGAGGAGACGCUGAGUCAUGAGAUUAGGCGGUCGAGACGGGAAAUCCGUAAGUCAGGAGUUGUGCAUCAGGACCUGCGGCUAGAGAACAUGUUAUGGAAUGGUGAACUUGGCCGGGUUCUGAUCAUAGACUUUCACCGGUCUCGAUUAGACCACCGACCCGCAGCAGAACGGGUUCGGUCUUCAAAGAGGUCACUCAAUAUACGGGAGGGCUGGUCAAAACGAUCUCGCCUGCUUUCCACAUAAGCGUACCUAUUAAGAUGGAUCAAUUAUUACUGGGUUGGGGAUGGUUUGCCCCUAUAGACGGUGGUAUCCCAUUGCUCACAAUUUUUACGUGCUAGCAUUUCAAACUAUCCAUUGCUAAUUAAUGAGGUUUGGUUGUGAUUCUGAUUGCAUUGUCUUUGCUUCACUUGUUGAUGUCGGGGAAGUCGCCGAUUGCUGGGCUCGACAGAUGCUUCGGGUUGAGCUGCAGGAGUGGCAGGCAAUGUAUGUAUGCAGUAUCAGCGUCAUAUAGCUGAAAAAUAUAAGCAGGCUAUAUUUCCUACUGCAGGUUGAAACCAGGCAGACUUCUCCAGAACACAGAGCUUCCAGACAUCCUUUCACUGCAUUGAACGUCUAUGGAACCACGUCAGCGGCUUCUACGGGCCCUGCCAUUCACUGGUAGGCACAGUCAACCCAUCUAUGUCUAACUCCAAGCUAGUGUCGUGCUGACGGCUCCUGGAGUUCCUGUAUAAUUUCGUUUUCUAUAGUCUUAUCAGUUCUAUGAUCGGUAGAAUAGUAGCGAGAAUAGUCUUCGGCCAAAUACUAUAAGGUGCAAAAGAGA